AUGGCGAUCAAGAAAUCCCACCUUCUGCUCUUCCCUCUCUUCUGUCUUCUUCUAUUCCAAACCAAACCCAUCUGGGCCGCCACAAUCCCACCCGGCUCUUCUCUCUUUGCUUCCAAUCCCAACCAAACCUGGUCCUCCCCAGACUCCACCUUCUCUUUCGGCUUCUUCCCCGCUGACCCGCCCACCUCACCCCCUUCUCUCCUCGCCGCCAUCUCCUACUCCGGCGCCCUUCCCAUCUGGUCCGCCGGCUCCGUUGACUCCGCCGGCGCCCUCCACUUCCUCUCCUCCGGCUCCCUCCGCCUCGUGGACGGCUCCAACCGCACCGUCUGGGACUCCAACACCGCCGGCCGCGGCGUCUCCUCCGCCCUGCUCGACGACUCCGGCAACCUUAUCCUCCGUAACGGCACCGAUGAUGUCUGGUCCAGCUUCGACAACCCGACGGAUACGAUCGUGCCGUCCCAGAACUUCACUGUGGGUAAGGUUUUGCGAUCGGGUAUGUAUUCGUUCAAGCUCAUUAAGAAUGGGAAUCUGACUCUGUUGUGGAACGAUACUAUUGUGUAUUGGAAUCAAGGGUUGAACUCCUCUGUUACUAGCAAUACCCCCAACUUGACUUCUCCUAAUUUAGAAUUGCAGCCUAUUGGGAUUUUGACCAUUUCUGAUCCCAAGCUGCCCACUGCUGCUAUUGUUGCUUAUAGUAAUGAUUAUGCUGAGGCUGGUGAUAUUCUGAGGUUCUUGAAGCUUGAGAGUGAUGGGAAUGUAAGGAUUUAUAGCUCUGCUAAAGGUAGCGGGACUAAAACCGAGAGAUGGGCAGCUGUUACUGAUCAGUGUCAGGUGUUUGGCUAUUGUGGGAAUAUGGGAAUUUGCAGUUAUAAUGAUUCCAAUCCUGUUUGUGGCUGCCCUUCUCUUAAUUUCGAGCCGGUGGAUCCCAAGGAUAGCAGGCAAGGGUGUAGGAGGAAGAUGGAGAUUGAGGACUGUCCUCAGAGUGUGACUAUGCUGGAUUUGGAUCAUACUCGGUUCUUGACUUACCCUCCCGAGACGGAUUCACAGAUUUUCUUUGUGGGUAUAUCAGCCUGUAGAUUAAACUGCCUUGUUAAUAAUCCUUGUGAUGCUUCAACAUCUUUGUCUGAUGGCACAGGGUUAUGUUACUACAAGACACCAGGUUAUCUCAGCGGGUAUCACAGUCCAGCUUUGACUAGCAGUUCCUAUAUCAAGGUUUGUGGACCGGUGGUUCUAAAUCCGCCCUCUUCAAUGGAUAGUUCUGGCAAGAAAAAGGGUUGGAAGAUGGGGGCAUGGAUAGUGGUUCUUGUGGUUGUCGCUUCCCUUUUGGGUUUGAUGGCAUUGGAGGGUGGUCUUUGGUGGUGGUUUUGCAGAAACAGUCCAAGCUUUGGUGCAUUGUCUGCUCAAUAUGCUCUUCUUGAGUAUGCCUCUGGCGCGCCAGUUCAGUUUUCAUACAAAGAACUCCAGCGCUCAACCAAAGGAUUUAAGGAGAAGCUUGGAGCCGGAGGAUUUGGAGCUGUAUAUAAGGGAAUUCUUGCUAAUAGAACUGUUGUUGCAGUAAAGCAACUCGAGGGGAUUGAGCAAGGAGAAAAGCAGUUUAGGAUGGAGGUUGCAACAAUUAGUAGCACCCAUCAUUUGAAUCUAGUGAGGCUGAUUGGUUUCUGCUCAGAGGGCCGUCAUAGGCUUUUAGUAUAUGAGUUCAUGAAAAAUGGGUCCCUUGAUGAUUUCCUUUUUGCCAAAGAAGAGCAGUCAGGAAAAUUCUUAAGUUGGGAGAAUCGAUUCAAGAUUGCCCUUGGCACUGCAAGGGGAAUCACAUACCUUCACGAGGAGUGCCGAGAUUGCAUUGUGCAUUGUGAUAUAAAGCCUGAGAACAUUCUUUUGGAUGAGAAUUACAAUUCCAAAGUAUCUGAUUUUGGCCUCGCAAAGCUUGUUAAUCCAAAGGACCACAGGUACCGAACUUUGACCAGUGUUAGAGGGACUAGAGGUUAUUUGGCACCAGAAUGGUUAGCAAAUCUGCCAAUAACUUCCAAAUCUGAUAUUUAUAGUUAUGGUAUGGUUCUGCUAGAGAUUGUUAGUGGGAGAAGGAAUUUUGAAGUUUCUGAAGAGACAGAGAGGAAAAAGUUCUCCAUAUGGGUCUUUGACGAAUUUGAGAAGGGUAAUAUCAGGGGAAUCAUCGAUAAAAGGCUAGCUGACCAAGAUGUUGAUAUGGAUCAAGUGAUGAGAGCAAUUCAGGUAACAUUCUGGUGCAUACAAGAGCAGCCAUCUCAUAGGCCAAUGAUGGGAAAAGUUGUACAAAUGCUGGAAGGAAUUACGGAGAUAGGGAAACCCCCAUCCCCAAGGGCUAUAAUCGAAGGGCCUGUAUGUGGAACCAGCACUAGUCUUGUAGCUCCCUCCUCAAUUUCAUCAUUUCAAAUUUCAGGAGCGUCGCCUUCUGAACAGGUUAGAAAAAUGGAGAAGGCAACUGCAUCCCUUAUACAGUCAGACCUGAGUUGAAUCUCAAUUCUACAUCAUCUGCAUAGAAGAACCAUUUUUGGAUAUGAAUCCAUUUCCGUACAGCUGCAAAGCCAGAUUGUAAUGUGUUCCCCCAUCUAAGAAUAAGGCGUGAUUUUUCACUAGCAGUCAUGUAAAAAUUGUUUAUAUCUGUAGUAUAGUUUCUUUUACACUAUCUUUGUAGAAGACCAGAUUGAGCUGAGUCAUGAAAGAUGUAAUUAUGCACAAUGAGUGAUGAUUGAAACUGAAUAUCGCUGGUACCAUCAUUACAAACC